AUGGACUCCUUCAAGGAGAAAUUCAACUCGGUCCGCGGCGACGGCAUCCGCAACCAAGUAGUACACGGCCACCUGAACCAGUCCGCCGUCUCCCGUCUCGGCGCCGCCGGCGUCUCCGUCCCCGGCUUCGGCAUAUCCCCCUCUUCCCCUUCCGGACCCUCGACCGUAUCCUUCCAGGAUGCCCGGAGCGCCGCGUCAACGGCCAACAACUUCCGGCAGAGGCACGGGGACCAGGUAGCGUCCGCGGCGCGCACCGCCAACAGCUUCAACCAAAAGUACGGCAUUUCCGAUCGCGUACAAGGUACCGCCCUAUCGGCGGCUCGCACUCCAGAACCGGAAACCGAGACGCCGAUCCCCGUCGCCUCGGCAGCCAAGAAGAAGCCUCCCCUCCUCCUCCUCCCAAGAAGCGCUUCGGCGCCGGUCCCGUUUCUCCGGCCACAGGCGACGCUCCGCCACCACUACCCCUAA